AUGCAGCGGAGCAUUGGCUCCUGUACGACCACUGCAACAGCAGACGCUGACACGAACAAGCGUAACAGCAGUAAUAACAGCAGCAGCAGCAACAGCAGCAGCAGCAGCAACAGCAGCGGUGUCAUUCCUCAGCAGACUACCGUCUCCCCUUCUCUUUUCUUAACUCUUCGCCCUCCUCUUCCCUUUAGUGUUCCCUCUUCUUAUAUACAACCCUCUGCAGCAGCAGAAGCUCCUCUUGCUGCUGCUGCUGCAUCAAGUACUCCUUCAGCAGCAGCAGCAACAGCAGCAGCAGCAGCAGCAGAAGUAGCUACUACCUCGUCUUCUGCAGCAGAAACAUCCCCAGAAACCCCUGAAGCAUCGGCAUCAGCAGGGAAAGAAGACGAAGCAGCAUCAGCAGCAGCAGCAGCAGCAUCAGCAGCAGCAGCAGCAGCAGCAGCAGGAUUGGAUGAAGAAGCAGCAUACGAAGAAGUACAAUUAUUAGAUUUAGAGUUUGAUGGCGUAGACAAUCAAUUUGUUUAUCCUUGCCCUUGUGCUGGUGUAGCUGAUCCUACUGGAGCUGAUCCUGCUGUAGCAGGAGCUGCUGCAGAUUCUGCUGCUUCUAGUGACGCAGCAGCUGCUCCUGCAACAGCAGCAACAGCAGCAGCAGCAGCAGUUGCAGCAACAACAGGUGCAACAGCAACAGCAGCAGGAGACGGCAAGCAGCAGCAGCUGCUGCAGCAGCAGCAGCAGCGAGGGCAGCAGCAGAAGGAGCAGCUAGAGUCCACUGAAUUAGACCAGGCAUCUGCAGCACCGCGGAAAGCAAGAACACCAGAAGCAGCAGCAGCAGCAGCAGCGGGAGCAACUGCUGCUGCUGCUGCACCUGAUGCUGCUGCUGCUGCUGCUGCUGCUGCUGCUGCUGCUGCUGAGAAAGAUGAAGAGGAGAGAGCAGCAAAGACUUCCUUCUGGCAUGAUUUCAAUCCUCCUCUACGUGACGAAGUAUUUGGGGAGCAGCAGAGUUAUGCAGCACCAGCAGCAGGAGCAGCAGCAGCAGCAGCAGGUGCAGCAGGAGCAGCAGCAGCAGCAGCAAGUAGUACACCAUACAUACAGCUGGUAGAGGAAGCAGUAAGAAAUCUUCGUCGUUAUCGUCUUGAUCCAAUACAGCACCGUUAUAAGCAGCAGCAGCAACAGCAGCAGCAGCAGCAGCAGCAACAGCAGCAGCAACAGCAGCAGCAGCAGCAGCAGGGGAAUAGGAGUAUUAGACGUAACGUGCUGCUUCGAGGUACAGAAGAAAUAGAAGUAAUUGAUGUAUGCAGCAAAGAGGAUAGUUCUGCUGCUGCUGCUGCUGCUGCAGCUGGAGCAGGAGCAGCAGCAGCAGGAGCAGCAGCAGAUAAUUCAGGUGUAUACGCAGGUGACGAAGAUGCAUAUGAAUAUGAUUUAUAUGCAAUAGAUUACGAUGAUGAAGAUAAUGAUGAUAUAUCUACAGCAGCAGCAGCAGCUGCUGCUGCUUUUGCUGCUGCACCUACAGCAGCAGCAGCAGCAAAAGCAGCAGAAGAAGCAGCAAGAGCAGCAACAGCUACAUCAAGAAAUAGACAUAGACAAAGAGUAUUAAAUCUGCUGCUGCAGCAGCAAGAUGAACCUUCUGCUGCUGUUGCAUUAAUAGAGACAGAAGAUAUAGAUAAUUAUUAUAAUUAUAAUUAUAAUUAUAUUAAUAAUAAUAAUAAUUAUAUUAUUCUUGAUGAGGAAGAAGGAGAAGAAAAAGGAACAGCAGCAGCAGCAGCAGCAACAGGAAAUCAUAAACAAUUAAAAAUGUUCCUACAAGAAUAUGGAGAUAUUGAUGACUCUGCAUCCGAUGAGGAGAGGGAAGUAGACUAUCCAAGCAGCGAGAGCAGCGGAGAAAGAUUUAUCCGCCGCAGCAGCAGCAGGAGCAGCAACUACAGCAGCAGCAGCGACAGCAGCAACUACAGCACAAGGAGAAUAGCUAGAAGAAGACUUUGGGGAUACAGCAGCAGCAACAGCAACAGCAGCAGCGGCAGUUGGUGCUCAUCAGGAGAGGAUGGAGGAGAAGGGGACUAA